AACUUAACCCUUUGAAAGAAGUCUCUGUGUUGGUAUGCCACACACACACACACCUGCACCUGAACUCUUACUCCAACUCCUCCAACGUUUCAUCAAACACUCGAACCAAACCAAACAAAUUCAUUCCCUCCUAAUCACCAACGGUCACCUCCUCUUGAACUCCCACACUUCACCAAGAUUCAAAUGGAUGAACACACUCCUCUACAAUACUCUCAUCAGAGCCUACCUCAACUUUGGCCAACCGUACAGAACCAUACUCCUCUUCCCACAUAUGCUUGCUCAUCAAGCACCACCAAACAGCCAUACCUUCCCUUCCCUCAUCAAAGCAGCCUCUUCUUCACCUUCUUUGGCUUCACUUAUAGGCAAACCCCUCCAUACCCAUGUCAUCAAACGGGGUGUAUCAAACGACCCAUUUGUGCAAACGUGCUUUGUUGUCUUGUAUGCUGGACAGGCUGACCUUAAACAUGCACGUAUUAUGUUUGAUGAAAUAUCUGAACCAUGUAUUGUAUCUAAUAACGCGAUGCUCGAUGCGUUUGGGAAAAAUGGGGACAUGGGUUCUGCUGUUUUGCUCUUUGAACGUAUGCGGGUGAGAGAUGUUUUGUCAUGGACGAGUAUUAUAAAUGGCUAUGGAAGGAGUGGGUGUUUUAAGGAGGCAAUUGGGUUUUUUGAAAAGAUGAUGAUGCAUGAAGAUGUAAUGGGUGGUUUUGUAAAACCAAAUGAAGCUACAUUUGUUUGUUUGCUUUCUUCCUGUGCUAAUUUGGAUGGUGGAAGAGCCAUAUAUCAGGGGAAGGAAGUACAUGGGUAUAUGAUUAAGAAUGAGAUUGAAUUGACAGUUUUUAUGGGAACAGCGCUGAUUGCUUUUUACGGAAAAAUGGGUUGUCUGGGAUAUGGUAUGGGUGUAUUCAACAAUAUGGUGGUCAAGGAGGUGUGCACUUGGAAUGCAGUGAUUUCGUCGCUUGCUUUGAAUGGUGGGGAGAAGCAGGCUUUAGGCAUGUUUGAGAAGAUGAAGGCAGGAGGCUGGAGGCCAAAUGAGAUUACUUUUGUUGCCGUUCUGGCUGCUUGUGCUCGUGCCAAACUCCUGGAGUUGGGUUUGGGAUUGUUUAAAUCAAUGUCCUGUGUAUUUAAGGUUGUUCCAAGGAUGGAGCAUUAUGGAUGUGUGGUUGAUCUCUUGGGCCGAGCUGGGCUUUUGAGGGAAGCAAAUGAGUUUGUGAGAAGGAUGCCUUUUGAGCCCGAUGCCUCUGUCUUGGGGGCUCUUUUGGGUGCUUGUAGGGUUCAUGGAUCCAUUGAGUUGGCUAAUGAAGUGGGGAGAAGGCUGCUUGGCAUGCAACCACGACAUUGUGGGCGAUACGUGCUGCUUUCAAGCAUUUAUGCUGAUGCGCAGGAAUGGGACCAUGCUGCUGCCUUGAGGAGAGCCAUGCUGAAUGCUAAAAUUCAGAAAAUUCCUGCCUAUAGUAUGAUUGACUUAAUGUAAAGAUUUGUUGGUCGUUUCUAUUCCAGCUCUGAAUGGCCAGGGUGAUUAAACUUUGCAAAUAUAUUAAAGAAAUUG